UCAGAGGAAUUGUGGCGAUUUGUUGUGGGGACAUAGAAGAGCUCAAGUUAAUGUUCCAUUCACGUUCCAAUCUUCGACGGAAUCCCUAAUUCCUACUGUAUCGAUUGCCUCUAGCGUUUGGAGCGUGUGCAUGAGAACCUGUGUGUGUUGGAAAAUUGAAGGAGAGAGCGAGAGUAGAACACGAGAAGCUGUGAACCGAACAACACCGAAUAGUGUCAACUGAUAACUCCAACAGAGAAGAACAUGCUGCUGGAGCUGACGUUGGCCAUACUGGCCAUUCUGAUUGCUUGGGAUUAUCUGCACAAAAAACAAACAGACGCUUUCUUGGCAAAAUCAAAUAUUAGUGGGCCGAAAGCGUUGCCCAUCCUUGGCAAUUCCUUGCGACUCAGAAACGUAAACACUGAAAACAUAGAGGCAGUCUUGAAGGAGAACACGGCCACGUAUGGCAAGAUCUAUCGUUUCUGGGUUUUCAAUCAAAUGCAUUUGCGGGUAACUGAUCCCAAGCUUUGCGAGGCCCUUUUGAGCAGCCAGCACCAGAUAACCAAGAGCAGCUUCUAUGAAUUUUUGAUCGACUGGUUGGGUCGUGGGCUGCUGCUGAGCAAUGGCAAGAAGUGGCAUACGCGCCGCAAGAUUAUAACACCAGCUUUUCACUUCAAGAUUCUGGAACAAUUCGUCGAGGUGUUCGAUCAGCAAAGUACCGUUAUGGCAAAGAAUUUGCUCGCUCAGGCCGAUGGUCAAACUGCCAUUGACAUGUUUCCAGUUGUGUGUCGCAUGGCCCUAGACACCAUAUCGGAAACGGCAAUGGGUGUUAAGGUUCACGCCCAAGAAAACCAGGAGUUUGAAUAUGUGAAAGCGUUAAAUUACGUAUCGACGGUAAUGUCCAAACGCUUUGUUAAUCCAUCGCAAAGAACGUCGUUCCUCUUCAAACUCACCUCGCCAAAGGUGUACAGGGAAACGCAGCGUUGCAUUGGCGUCAUGCACAGGUUCACAACCCAGGUAAUCGAAAAGCGGAGACAAGCCUUGGAAAAGUCAAUGAGGGAGGCCAGCAACAAAGCUGACCCUCCUUCCGAGGAGGAGGACGAAGACGAGUACGAGCACUAUGGCCGAAAGCAACGCAUGGCUUUUCUCGACAUACUCUUGCAAUCUACCGUUGACGGAGAACCGUUGAGCAAUGAAGACAUCCGCGAAGAGGUGGACACAUUCAUGUUUGAGGGCCACGACACCACCACUAGCGGCAUAUCGUUUGCCUUGUACCUCAUUGCCAGGCAUCCGGAAGUACAGGCUCGUCUAUUCGAGGAAAUUUGCCAAAUCGUUGGACAAGAUCCCGACAAAGUUUUGUCCUAUCGGGAUCUACAGGAUAUGAAAUAUCUGGAAUGUGUGAUCAAGGAAUCGCUAAGACUUUUUCCUCCCGUACCUGCUAUUGGCCGAGAAAUUACAGAGGAUGUCCAAUUGGGUGAUGUGACUUUGCCGGCCAACACGAAUGUCGUUUUGUCGUUUUCACUAAUUAUGCGCAAUCCCGACUACUUUCCCGAGCCGGAUGCAUUUAGGCCGGAUCGCUUCUUUGGCGAUGGUGAUUCCAAAUCGCACGUGAACCCAUUCUUGUACACACCAUUCUCUGCUGGACCCCGCAACUGUAUUGGCCAACGCUUCGCCAUGCUGGAAAUGAAAUCGGUAAUCACGAAAAUGUUGCUCCAUUUCGAGCUGCUGCCCUUGGGACCCGAGGUGCAACGGUUGACAACAAUAGUCUUACGUUCGAAAACAGGAGCACACAUUGGACUUCGGCCCCGUUGUGCCAAGUGAAAUUCCCGUUUCGAAUUCUCUCCGUUUAGAGGGUUAUACGACCGCCACCGAAAUCUAAUCUUCACGAAUGAAAGCUAUUGAACAUUGUUCGUUCCCCUCUACGCUCGCGAGUAUCAUUCAUAUCUUGCUUGUCAUGCUGACCAGAAUUUUUGUUAAACUUAUCAUCACCGCAGGCGUUACGCGCCAACAGCCGAAUAAGCAUUGCUCAGCGUUUUGCAAACAGAAACAUUAAUAUGUACUAAUAAUCAUUACCAUGCACAUUUGCAAAAAGGUGAAAGUAGAAAUAAAUGUUGAGACCAACAACAAAAUGCGUAAUUAUUUAUGUAG